CACGAGCGUCGGUGGGACGUUGUAUUGGAUAGCUAUACGAUCAUGAUUGCCCGGUCAUAUUAAUAAUUGCCUCCUACUUACAUCUAAUUACGAACAGUUUCCUUAUUAACAAUUUUUUUUAAGGCUCGCGUGUUAUGUUCACAAAGCUGUUUGUUUUUCAGUGUUAGUGCAACGGUUCAAUUGCGAUUUACGUCGAUAGGAAAAAUUCGAACAGCAACGGUAAAUGUCGUCGUUUAAUAGCGGCAUACGCAUAACGCAUAAAAGCAAAAACAGUUCGAGCAAAAACGCAAGAGAUGAAUAUUUGUAAUUCACUUACUACCCAGUCCCAUAGCUGACUUCUUGUAUCAUUUAUUCUAUAUGCUAUUAAAAUUCCGCAGUACUAGAUAAAACUGUUGUCAUGGCGUGCACCUGUGAGGUAAUCGGGCUCGCCUGCGUCGUCGCCCUAAUUUUGAGCAUUGCGGCCAAAGCACCUUACCAGAUGAGGAUGUUUAUUGUGCUGUUUGGAGCCGGCGCAAUUGUUACUCUGUGCAUUCCUUUCAUGAUCCUGCGGCCGAGGGACUACAGGAAUGGGCUCAUUCCAUCCUGGUGCUUCGUGCAGCUGUGCCGGAUAAUGGGUAUCACCAUGGAAGUGCGUGGUGUGGAGAACGUAAAAAAGGAGCACGGGAGUGUUGUGCUUAUGAACCAUCAAAGCGCCUUGGACUUGUGCGUGCUGGCUCAUCUUUGGCCGGUGAUUGGAAGGGCGACCGUGGUGGCCAAAAAGGAAAUUCUUUACAUGCCCUUCUUUGGCGUUGGCGCCUGGCUCUGGGGCACUUUGUAUAUUAACAGAUCGCGAAAGAGCGAUUCAAUUAAUUCAUUGCAAAAGGAGGCGAUUGCUAUACGGGAGCGCAACUGCAAGAUAUUAGUCUUUCCGGAGGGCACGCGCAAUUCCAAGGAGACAUUGCUGCCGUUUAAAAAGGGCUCAUUUCACAUUGCGCUCCAAAGCAAGUGCACAAUACAGCCGGUUGUCGUAUCGAAAUACUCGUUUUUUGACGAGAAAAAGAAAAGCUUCCGACCCGGACACGUUGUCAUACAAAUACUGCCUGAGAUAUCAACGGAUGGCUAUGAAAAGGAAAACAUGGAGAAGCUUAUCGAACAUUGCCGCACGACCAUGCAGCAGGAAUACACGAGAAUGAGUAAAGAGGCCCUAUCUGUGGACUCAAAAAAACAGUUAUGAAAACUAUAUAGUAGUAUAAGCUCAGGUUACACACAUUACCGGUAUUUUAAUUCGAAACAAUAUACUUAAUAUUCUAAA